UUUGUUUUUUACGUCAGUAAUUUUCUGUCUUUCUUGCUGUUUGGUUGUGUUUUUAUUUUGUUUUGUGUGGACACUUGUUAAUUUGUGUUUAGUAUCUCAUGUAAAGUGCCUGUGUUACAAUUACAACAAAAUGCCGGUGUUUCAUACGAAAAUCAUCGAGAGUAUUUUGGAGCCUGUAGCUCAACAGGUCUCCCGGCUGGUGAUACUCCACGAGGAAGCCGAGGAUGGCAACGCCAUGCCCGACCUGGCUCGGCCGGUCCAGGCCGUGUCGCUUGCCGUCAACAAUCUGGUCAAGGUCGGCCACGAGACGAUCGAGUCUUCGGACGAUGUGGUGCUCCGCCAGGACAUGCCGGGAGCGCUGCACCGUGUGGAGACAGCCGCCACUCUGCUGCAGCAAGCCUCUGAUAUGCUCAGGGCUGACCCGUACUCCGGCCCGGCCAGGAAAAAGCUGAUUGAGGGAUCUCGCGGCAUCCUGCAGGGAACAUCUGCGUUGUUGCUCUGCUUCGACGAGUCUGAAGUCAGAAAGAUUGUGAAGGAAUGCAAAAAGGUGCUGGACUACCUUGGCGUGGCGGAGGUGAUCGACACGAUGGAGGACCUGGUUCAGUUCCUGAGGGACAUCUCGCCGGCACUCUCCCGAGCCGCUAGAGAGGUAGCGGCUCGUGCGUCGGAGCUGACCCAUCCGCCUCACGCGGAGACCUUGAAUAGAUGUCUGGACAGCGUCAAACAGCUGGCGCCGGUUCUCAUAUGCUCCAUGAAGAUAUAUAUACACAUAUUGACCGAAGGUGGGAAAGGGAUAGAAGAGGCCGCUGAGAACAGGAACUACUUGGCCCAGAGAAUGGCGGAUGAAAUACACGAAAUUAUACGAGUUCUCCAGCUGACGUCAUACGUUGAAGAUGGGGGUGAGAAGGAUAACAUUGCUGUACUGAAAGCUCUGCAGACACAGAUGCAUGGCAAAAUGGGAGCCGCCCACGAGUUCCUGAACGACCCGUCAGCGCUCCGCAACUCUGCGGGCGAGCGCGCGCUGCGCUCUGUGCUGUCGUCCGCGCAGCGCGCCGCCGAGCAUCUGCACUCGCCGCACGCCGACAACAUCCGCCUCGUCACCAGAUCUGGGGGUAUCAAUGCUGACCACCUCUGUGAUGAAAGGCAGUAUGGUCGCGGCAGAGAGUCUAAGGCGCUGGGCCUAGCGGAGGAGCUCCGCAAGCAGCUGAACGAGGUGGAUGCAGUGGUGGGCGACGGCGUGCGCGCGGCCGAGCUGCAGGGCGGGAAGACCGUGCAGGCCAGGUUGGAGACAGCACACAAGUGGCUGUUGCACCCGAAUUCUGACCCCGUGACCCGGGUGGAAGGUCAGAAGGCCAUCAACAGCAUCGUGACCCAGGGACAGAGGAUAGCGGACGGGCUCCAGGGGCGGGAGAAGGCGGAGGUGCUGCAGCUGUGCGCCGACGUGCAGCGCCUCUCCGACCGCCUGGCGGGGCUGUGCGCCGCCGGCCGCGGGGACGGGGAUGAAGCUCGCGCUAUCACCAGGGAGCUGACGGACAAGCUCCACGAGCUGAAGCGAGCGAUGGAGCGCGCGGUGGUCAAUCGUGUCGUGGAAGAGUUCAUCGAUGUCGCCGCGCCGCUGAGGCACUUCACUGAUGCUGUGAACGCGCCUGAAGGCACGCCGAACCGCGAAGCGAACUUCCACGAGAAGGCGGGCGCGCUGGCAGCGUUCUCGGCACGCGCCGCCGCCGCCGCGCACGUUGUCGCCGCGGCGCGCGGCAACAACAAGCGGCUCGCCGACCAGCUGGCCUGCCUCGCCAGGCAGGUGGAGAAACUUUCGCCUCAGCUCAUCGCGGCCGGAAAAAUUCGUCUACUAUAUCCUGAGAGCAAGGUGGCCGAAGAACACUUCAAUAACUUGAAGAACCAGUACAGCGACGCGGUGCUCCGCACGCGAGACCUGUGCGACCAGGCCGUGGACCCGCUGGACUUCGUGAGGACCGCCGGCGAGCUGAUGCAGAAGCACACAUAUUUGUGUGAGGACGCGAUCCGCAACAAUGACUCCCAGAAGAUGGUGGAUAACACCUCGGCUAUUGCUAGAUUAGCAAAUCGCGUACUACUAGUGGGCGGAGCUGAACGCGAUAAUACUGAGGACGCGGAAUUCGCUCGCUCGUUAUCCGCCGCCCACCAACGUCUACAGGCCGCCAUCCCCCCCGCCGUGCUCAGGGCCAAAGAUAUCGCCCUCGGGGAUAGGCAGCAACCCGCCGUGUCUGCGUGGAGGACUGCCAAUUCUGAGAUAAUAAAGUCGUGCGGCGCCGUGGAGUCCGCGCUGGCGGGGCAGCACGCGCCGCCCGCGCCGGCGCUGCCCGCGGCGCUGGCGGCGCUGCGCGUGGAGCCCGCGCCGCCGCGCCCGCCGCCGCCCGCCGCCGGGCCCGCGCCGCCGCGCCCGCCGCCCCCCGCCGACACCGACGACGAGGGCGAGGACAUCUUCAGGAGGCAGCCGCAUCCCAGUCAGCCUAUACUGGUGGCAGCCCACAACCUCCACAAGGCUGUACGCGAGUGGUCCUCCAAAGACAACGAGAUCAUCGCGGCAGCCAAGCGCAUGGCCAUCCUCAUGGCUAGGCUCUCGGAGCUGGUCCGAUCGGACUCCAAAGGCAGCAAGCGCGAGCUGAUCGCCACAGCCAAGGCAAUAGCCGAGGCCUCUGAGGAAGUCACCAGGCUCGCCAAGAAGCUGGCGCUGGAGUGCACCGACAAGAGGAUCAGGACGAAUCUUCUCCAAGUCUGCGAGAGGAUCCCCACUAUUGGUACUCAGCUGAAGAUCUUGUCCACUGUGAAAGCGACCAUGUUGGGAGCACAAGGAAGCGAAGAGGACCAGGAAGCUACUGAGAUGCUCGUCGGCAACGCUCAGAACUUGAUGCAGAGUGUGAAGGAGACGGUGAAGGCGGCGGAGGGCGCGUCCAUCAAGAUCCGCUCGGAGCAGGGCGGCUACCGGCUGCGCUGGGUGCGCCGCUCGCCCUGGUACCAGAUCUAGUGCCCGCGGCACCCGGGUAUAUCCAGCAGAUUUUGACAAUCUUCGCUAUAUCUGCAGCGAUGAUAACGCCAUCUGUCUGAAAGAUUAAACUUAAACCUAACAACACCCGAAAAGUACACUUUAUAAUGCAAUACUACUAAGAAACACCAUUUCGAAAAAAAAGCAGAUAUAACCACGUAGUUAUUGUCGAAAGAUUUCUUUUAUAUACAGCAACACUCAUAGGAAAGAAUCACACAAGACUUCCUCAAGUUUUUAUGCGGCUCACUGUACGUUUUAUUGCGAGUGGCAUUUUGGUGUUAUUAGAUAGGUACCUUAAAAAUUCUCAAAUAUUUGUUUGUUAAAUUUUUAGUUACACAAUAAUAUGACAAAGCAUAUGUAUAUAGAACGCUAAAAAACAAAACAAUAAUAUACAGCAUGAUAAUUUUGUAAACACCAAAUGUCUACUUACUCUAAUAGCAGCGAGCACAAUCCCAGGACAAAAUUAUAACCUAUAACCACCGUUAAGUACAGGCCUUGUUUUAGCUAAAAAAGGCAAAUAAAAUCAAGAUAAAGGUAUUUUUAGACGAAAGAGUUUUCAAAGAUAUAGUAAUGGGUACAAGUAACUUUAGAAGUGUCAAUUUAGUAGUAAAUGUUCCGAUAUUUUUUUAAUUUGUAAUUUUUAACAUCGUCAUAUCGUGACAAGAAUUUUCACAGUGAAUCGCUAUCUAUGAAUACUAAAUGACUUUUGAUAAAUCAGAACAGAAUGUAUUGUAUAAUAAUCAUUUUACAUAUUUUAUUUAAUAAUUUCAUGUAAUUUAAGGUGCUUAAUACGGCAGCUCUUACCAUUAAGCAAUAUUUUUUAUUGUUUGUAUUUAUCAAAUAUAGCGUAGUAAUUCGGUUAUGUGACAUAUGUAAUUAUAUAGGAGUUAAUGAUGAUUUUAAUAUAUUUACUACAGGUUGGUUCUGUUAAAAGUGUGUUCAGUGAAAAUUGUAAAUGUUUCUAAUUCUGUACGUGAUUCCAAAUCUUGCGUUAGGAAACUAAUUUGCCAAGUUGUUAAAAGUUUUUUUUUUAAGUUAAAACUGUUUAUCUUAAAAUUUAUUACACUAAAAUUUGGAAUGUCCUUAAAAGGGAGCUGUUAGGAGUACCCGUAAACAUCGAAUAUGCGUGAAAAGAGUAAUGAGUGUGGAGGAAGCGGGAAAGAUCUGUGAGGAUCGUACCAAGUGGAUCGUCCAUAGACUCUGCCUACCCCAAUGGGAGACAGGCGUGAUGGUAUGUAUGUUAAAUAAAAAAAAAACAUAACUAAGUUGAAAAACAAAACUUUUGAAAUCACUGACUUUAAAGAUUGUUUAACAUGCAGAAUCAACCUGUAUAUUAUAUCUCUACAAAUAUUUUAAAAUUAUAACAAUAUUUAAUAUUUUAUUAUUUUGAUGUACAUACAUGUACAUGUAACAUCUUCAUUUUAUUUUAUUUUAUUUAUUUGACACUACAUUAAUUUUCCUUUAUUUUACAACGAUGUUUAUAGUCGAUUAAAAAUAAAAUGUGUGAUGUAAGAAUGUUAGUGCCAUGCGUCAGUGCUUUAUAAUGUAAUAUUAGUGUAGUUAGUUUUAGGAAUACCUGUUUUCUGCUGUCUAAUAAUGUGAUAAUGCGAGUGACAAUAUGAAUAGUAAAAAUUGAAGAUCGGUGGUUGUUAUGUCAGAAAAAAAUCAGCAGAGAUGUAGCCAUGGACAGUACUACCAUCUUUAGAAGUCGCAUCGGUAAUAAUCAAAGGUGUGGAAUACCGUAAUCUACCGACGAAUUGCACCGAAUGAAAACUCCAUAAAAUAACGACCUUAUUACAAGUAGAUUAAAUUUAAAAUACAAAAACAAAAUGUCUCUUGCUAUCUCGCUCAUAAUGGCGGACAGUUCAGUUCGCGGUUUCAAAUGAAGCGCUCUGAUUGGCUCAAAUAUUUUCGGGCUAUACAAAUCGCAGUUCACCGUUGUAACAAUAAUGAGGUAAUAUUAUACUAUACUUAUCUCUCUCUUAUCUGAGUUAUAUAAAUUAGUUUAAAUGCUAACCAAUGCUCUUACGGUCUUUCAAUAGUCUUCCCAUGUGAAAAAAAAACUUUAAUAAUAUUUGCAACAAGGUCAUAUUUAUCUAAAGUAGAAGAUAUAUUUAUAUACACGAUUUCAUACAAUAUUUAGCUGUACAAAAAGAAUAUACCACAUAUUUUUAUAUAGUAUAGAUGUAAAUUAGUUAUAAGUACGUAAUUACUAAUAUUAUUCCUUAUAUAAUUGUUUUCAUAAGAAUGUAACCUUCGAAGUUGAAGAUUUCAAAAGCCGUUAAUUUUAAACUACCAAAAUAUUAAUUUUAUUUGAUGUGGCUGACAAUAUAUCUACCACCAAUCAAUAAAACUUUUUCCAUAACGUUUCGCUCGCAAACAAAGAAGCAUUUCUUUUGAAUAACUGUCAUAAUAUGUUAUCUUUUACGUUAUGCGAAAAUUUUCUUUGCUUUCCACAGUGUUAAGGUAAACCUGACCUGUAUUAUUUGACCAUUACCUGGCAACAAUGCGGGCGAGACAGCUUAUAUAUAGUAGUUACCUUCUCAGAAAUAGGUCUUGCUUUUUAUUAAAUAACUAGCUGUGGAAUAGUUAUUUUGGGCAUCAUUGAAACCCUCAAGGAUGAAUAAUUUUCCCCGAUUUUUUUCAUAUUCUUCAUUAUUUCUUCGCUCCUAUUAGUUGCAGCGUGAUGUUAUAUAGCCUUAAGUCUGCCUCGAUGAAUGAGUGCUAAGUACCGUGCUAAAAUAUCUUAAGGUGUAUGUAUACGUGCCUAGAAAUAUGUAAAGCCUUUUUUCUGAUACAUUACCUAACUUAGUAACUUAGCUGUAACACUAGCAGUGUAAUAGAGAUCCAUCUGAAUAGGCUCAGUUAUCCUUAAAAAAAGUUAGUCUUAAAAAAAAAAGAUUUAAAAAAAUCUCUAAUCAAGCUUAGGACAUACAGAGUAGUAAAAAUUUUAAAAAGAUUAAUAAAAUCAUCGUCCCAUCAAUAAUAUUAUGAUGCCACGGGUAUAGCUUUUAUUAAAAAAAUAUAUAUUAAAAAUUGAUUUUGAAAAUAAAAUACAUAAAAAUGUACCGAGCAGAUGUUAAAAAGUUAACUGAGACAAUUCAAAGAACACGACAGCUUAUAUAUUUUUGAAUGAAUCAGACCACGUAUGUGUAAUUUGUAUUGUGUUAAUAAAUAUACUGAUUUAUUAACACUUGCAAGAAAAUUUGGUCAAGUAUCUAAAACAGUGUGGGAAUUAUGUAUUUUUUGUUAUCGCCAGUGUCAUAUGUAACUUAUAUUAAAACAAUUCGUUAUUGUAAAUUAAAUAAUCUAUUUCUAAAUUCUCACAAAAUUGUGUGCUUUUUUUUAAUUUUUUUAGUAUUUUUACUUUUGUUGUAUUAAUUUAAGUUUUAUUUAUUCUAAUAAAAGAUUCUUAUUUA